GAGAAGAUGAAUAAUAUAACCGAAUUCAUCCUUAUUGGCUUGACUCAAAAUAUGCAGCUUCAGAUAUUUUCAUUUGUUGUGUUUUUCAUUGUUUAUCUCCUCACCCUGGUUGGCAACAUGCUUAUCAUCGUCACUGUCAGCAGCAGCAGGGCCCUGGGAUCUCCGAUGUACUUCUUUCUCUCUUUCCUGUCUAUGAUUGAUGGCUGCUGCUCCUCAUCCAUGACUCCUAAGAUGCUGGCUGACUCUUUCUCUGUGAGGAAAACCAUUUCUUUCAGUGGAUGUAUGACUCAAGUCUUUGCUGAGCAUUUUUUCGGUGCUGCUGAGAUCAUUCUUCUCACAGUGAUGGCUUAUGAUCGCUAUGUGGCCAUUUGUAAACCCCUGCACUACGCAAUCAUCAUGAACAGAUUUGUGUGUAGCCUCUUGGUGGGAGUGGCCUGGGCUGGAGGUUUUAUUCAUGCAACCAUUCAGAUCCUCUUCAUGGUUUGGCUGCCUUUCUGUGGCCCCAAUGUCAUAGACCACUUUAUGUGUGAUCUGACCCCACUGUUGAAACUUGUCUGCAUGGACACACAUACUCUGGGUCUCUUUGUUGCUGCCAACAGUGGCUUCAUCUGUCUGCUAAACUUUGUACUUCUGAUUAUCUCUUAUAUAGUCAUCUUAAAUGCUCUGAAAUCUCACAGCAAGGAGAGAAGGUACAAAGCCCUCUCCACCUGUGUCUCUCAUAUCACUGUGGUCAUCUUAUUCUUCGUACCUUGCAUAUUUGUGUAUCUGCGCCCAGUAACAACCUUCUCUAUUGAUAAAGCUGCAGCUGUAUUUUAUACAAUGAUAGCUCCUAUGUUAAACCCCUUAAUUUAUACCCUCAGAAAUGCUGAGGUAAAAAAUGCUAUGAGGAAAUUCUUGGGCAAAAGUUGA